AUGUUGGUAUUUAGAUCUGUGAAAACUUUUAAUUUGAAACCAUUCAAUAAGGACUCUAAUCGGAUCAUCCAAUUUAAAUCCAUUCGUUCCAUAACUCAUUAUAAUAAUAGAUUUAAAAAGUCAAAUAAAUCGAAGAGUACUACUGAAACAGUUAAGAAGGAUAAAAAUAAUAAUAUUGUUAAAGAUCCUAAACAUAACGGUAAAAUAUUGGGCAUAUUAGGAAUUUUAGCAAUAGGCACAACUUUCUUAAGUAUUUCAUAUCAAAAAAAUCAACCAAUUCCAUUUUUAGAAGGUCCUUGUUUAUACAAAAUGCCUCUUUUUAAUGAAAAUGAAGUUACUGUGAUCUUCGUAUUAGGAGGUCCAGGUGUCGGUAAAGGUACACAAUGUGCAAAAUUAGUAGAUCGUUAUGGAUUUGUUCAUUUAUCUGCCGGUGAUUUAUUAAGGGCUGAACAAAACCGUGACGGUUCUGAAUUUGGUCCUUUAAUUAAGCAGUGCAUUACUGAAGGUCUGAUUGUUCCUCAAGAAGUCACUGUUGCAUUAUUAAAGAAUGCUAUUCAGGCUAAUUUGGAUAACGGAAAAUCUAACUUCUUAGUUGAUGGUUUCCCAAGAAAAAUGGACCAAGCAAUCACUUUCGAAGAAUCUUUAGUUCCAAGCAAAUUCACGUUAUUCUUUACAUGUUCGGAAGCCGUCAUGUUGGAAAGAUUGUUGGAACGUGGUAAAACGAGUGGUAGAAUCGAUGACAACAUUGAAUCUAUUAAGAAAAGAUUCAAAACUUUUGAAGAAACAAGCAUGCCAGUAGUUGAAUAUUUUGAAAAACAAGGGAAAGUGUCCAAGGUCAACUGUGAAACUACUGUAGAUGAAGUUUUCAGUGCUGUUGAAGCUGUCUUGAAAUCCAGAAAUAUUACAAAAUAA